AUGUCAUUGAUACAUCCGAGUGCGAGAUCCAUUGAGAGGAAAGGAUGCCUUACGCCAUCAUUACAGGAGGAGCAAAAAUCUAAGAUACAUGAAGUUGUGAGCCGUGACAAUUAUUCUAAUACUACGACGAUUUUGUCUCCUCCCUUAUCUCCAUUUCAAAAUGAGGAAGAAGAGCCUGUUCACAAGACGGAUGUAACAUUCUUGGAAAGCAGGUCGUCGUUUCCUAUCGAAGAUUUUAAAGCAUAUGAGUUGACAGUGCAACCAUGGAAUGGAUUGAACUCUAACUAUAAGAAAAGACAACUUGACUUUUUAAGUCAAUAUGCCAUUGUCAGCUCGAGAGAGAAGCAAUAUGAGAAGAGGCCUGUUUUUAGAAGAAGGCAAUUGGUAUCAGACAGUGAUUCCGAAUCCACUGUAGAAAGAAUCAGAACGAGAAGAUUGGUUAAAGAAACUUCUGAAAAUUUAUCAGAAUUAGAGGCUCCGUCCCGUGUAGCAAGUCCGUCUCCAAAGAAGAGAAAGGUCAGAAAGGAUGUUACCCCUUCGUCUCAAAAACAGCUUUUGAUAGACGAGAAUAUUCCAGACUACUCCCCAGACGUUUCAACUUUACCAAAUAAUAACAGAUGCUUGAAAGUGGAAUGGAAAGGGCAGCCUAUGGAUUUGAGGUCAGAUCCAGAUGUAUCUAAAUUGCAUCCGGCUGAGGUUUUAUUGGCUUCUAUAUUAAGAUUACCAUGUAAUGUCUAUUUGGAUUCUAAGAGAAGGUUAUUCUUCGAGAAAGUAAAUAGGUUGAGAAGUAACAAACAGUUUAGAAGAACAGAUGCACAGAAAGCAUGUCGCAUUGAUGUCAAUAAAGCAAGCAGACUUUUUGCCGCUUUUGAGAAAGUGGGUUGGUUAAAUGAUUAUCAUUUUGAGAGAUACUUGUAA